AUGGUUGGUGUCUUUCUCAACCACACCCUACUCAUAGUGAUCCAUGAGAAUGCAAUUGGGGAAAUUAGGUCAGAAAUAGGGGCUGGUGAAGUUGUAGAAAUUCUCUGCCAACCACAUCUGACUCCUUCCAGAGCCUACACCUUCCACACCCUCAGAGUUGGCACAUUUAAUGUGGGCACAUUGAAGGGUAGGUCUGGUGAGAUUACUGAGAUACUUGAAUGGAGGCUUGUAGAUGUGUGUUGCAUCCAAGAAGCAAGAAGAGGAGGUUCUACUAGGUUCCUCACAGGCAAACGGCAUAGGUAUAAAAUCUGGGUAGAGAACAGUGAUGGGGUUGGGGGCAUAUGCAAACUUCUUGUUGAGAAAUUGGUUGAUAAGACUGCUUUGUUGAUGAAUGUCAGGGACCUUCUCUUUGUGGCUGGCGACUUCAGUGCGCAUGUUGGACAGCAUCCGGGUGGCUUCCAUGGUGUGCAUGGUGGCUACAGAUUUGGUACUCAUAAUGAGGAGGGAAUCAAGCUGCUGGAGUUCUAUGAUGCAAAUGAGCUUAUGAUCUGCAAUACUAACUUCAAGAAACUUACCAGUCAUCUGUUCACCUAG